AUUUUCCUUUCUACGUUUUCCUUUUCGCUGUUUUUGUUUUCUACAUUUUCCUUUUCGAAAUUUUUUCUACGUUUCUUUCUACGUUUUCCUAUUCGACGUUUUUCUUUUCUGUCUUUUCCGUCAAUCCGGUUUUUAUGGUAUACUGAUCACUUUAUACAUGACUUUCUCUUGAAACUUUGUAAUUUAUCUUAUAAGAGUCGCCAUACAACUCUGAUUUAUAAAAUGUUCUUGGGAAAAUCUGCAGUGACAAGAAUAGAGUUGAUAUGAUUAAUUUUUGAUAAAGUUCCCGUCCUUCAGAACAAACGAUAGACAAGAACUCGUAUUGUUACUGAAUGUUCUACUAAGUAGCGCUAUCAGAGUGAUAUUUGUAAGAAAAUUUAAAAUGUAUAUAUAAUGGGCAACAUGCGAUUGAACUUUAUUUCUUGUGUAGAAAAUAAUAUACACAUAGAUAAGUACAUCUAUCUUUAAAUUAUUUUCCUGUGAUGAAGAACUUCAUGUUGUAAUGGAGAAAAUCGAUCGUUAGUAGAGGAUUUUCUGCCAAAAUUGAAAAUAUCGACACUAUAACUCUCAACACUACGUCUUUGUUUUAAAAUUUUUUGAAAUACGUUCUCUUGAUUAGAAUUUUGAAGCUCAUUUGAACGAGAAAGAUCUCUACAAUUGCGGAGAAAGUCACCGUAUGGGUAAUCGAUAAUUCAUGAAUCUAUUUAUAUAUUUUACGCUACAGGAUAUUAUACUGGUAACUGUGUACCAAGUUUGGAAGCACCAAGUAAUAAAACGUGUGAAAUCGAAGGAUGGUGCCCUGAAGAAUACUCCGCAUCAACAGAGUAUCAAAUUGAUAAAAGUGCAUUAAACAAUUUUACUGUAUAUAUCAAAUCGAUUGCCACAUUUCUCAAACUUGGUCUUACUCUAGGCAAUGUUCGACCAGAAACCAAUUUUUCCUGUUUAUUUGAUUCUUCAACUAAUCCAAAGUGUCCAAUAUUUGAAAUUGGCUAUAUCUUAAAUUAUAUAUCAAAGAAAGUUGGAGAGGAUGUUGAACCAGCAUUAUUGAAAGAUGGUGGCCUAAUUGAAAUUGAACAAAAAUGGUUAUGUAAUUUUGAUUUUGAUGCAAAACGUUGUUUUCCCACAUAUGAUUUUCGUUUAUUACAAAGCGGAAAUGAUGUACUGUCACCAGGAAUCAAUUAUCGUUAUGUACAUAAAUAUCGUUCAAAUUCAACGGACUAUCGAACAUUGAUUAAAGUUUAUGGACUGAGAUUUAUAGUAACGACAACUGGUCAAGGAGGAAGAUUUAAUAUUGUGAAUUUAUUUGUGGCUAUUGGCUCUGGCAUUGGUUUUAUGAUAAUCGCUAGUAUACUUUUGUUACAUCCAUCUUUGCAAUUUGUUUUUGUUUUAUCGUUUGUUAUGUAA